UUGUCUGGUAUCGUGUAUUGCUUAUUGUACUUAAUAGGCAUUGGAAUUAAUUCGUAGCGUUUGUUACGGCCUGCUGAUUUUGAUGGGGCAAGGCCGGCUAGCCAGUCAUCAACAGGGCGGAUUCUUCCCCUGUGCCCACAGGUCGCACCAUAAAUUCCACUCGGCAUGGAAUCCACAAAAAACAACAAAAGAAACAUCAACAGAAACUACAAGUGAAGGACUAAUACCGGACGACACGACGCAGAUUUGGGUCUUCGAUGGAAAGGACCCUGACGCACCCAUCCCUACCAAGGAUCCGUCUAUUUCCAAUUUGAGGAUCUCCCAGGCUUCCAUCGCCCUGGGCCAAAGCAAAUACGAUACAAAAAAAAAAAAAAGGGACGACUAAAGAGCUGGAGAGGACAACAAAGACGCGAAACUACUGCAC